GGGAGUGGCCGAAAUGUGUCCUUCCGUGAGGCGCUGAGAGCACUUCCCCGGGAUUCUGCGCUUGGAAGGCUGCUAGGUGCCUCCUUAUAUACUCCUCAGGAGCCCCGCAGACCGGUCAACGUGGGUCGGCGGCGACGGCGGCGGCCGGCGCUGAGAGAGUUAGCGACCGGAGUCCCAGCCAUGGCCAAGUCUGUGGAGCAGCUGCAGCGGCGGGUUGAGGAGUUGGAGCGAGAACUGACCCAGGAAAGAAGUCGGCGGGCCCUCGGGGGCGGCGACGGAGGAGGCGGCCGGGCCCGCAUCGAGAAGAUGAGCCCCGAGGUGGUGGACUCCAACCCCUAUAGCCGCCUGAUGGCAUUGAAACGAAUGGGAAUUGUAAGCGACUAUGAGAAAAUCCGUACCUUUGCUGUAGCAAUAGUAGGUGUUGGUGGAGUUGGUAGUGUGACUGCUGAAAUGCUGACGAGAUGUGGCAUUGGUAAGUUGCUACUCUUUGACUAUGACAAAGUGGAACUGGCCAAUAUGAAUAGACUUUUCUUCCAACCUCAUCAAGCAGGAUUAAGUAAAGUUCAAGCAGCAGAACAUACUCUGAGGAACAUUAAUCCUGAUGUUCUUUUUGAAGUACACAACUAUAAUAUAACUACAGUAGAAAACUUCCAACAUUUCAUGGAUAGAAUAAGUAAUGGUGGAUUAGAAGAGGGAAAACCUGUUGACCUAGUUCUUAGUUGUGUGGACAAUUUUGAAGCUCGAAUGGCAAUAAAUACAGCUUGUAAUGAACUCGGACAUACGUGGAUGGAGUCUGGGGUCAGUGAAAAUGCAGUUUCGGGGCACAUACAGCUCAUAAUUCCCGGAGAAUCUGCUUGUUUUGCGUGUGCCCCACCACUGGUGGUUGCUGCCAAUAUUGAUGAAAAGACUCUGAAGCGAGAGGGUGUUUGUGCAGCCAGCCUUCCUACCACGAUGGGAGUGGUUGCUGGCAUCCUGGUACAAAAUGUGUUGAAGUUUCUGUUAAAUUUUGGUACUGUUAGUUUUUACCUCGGAUACAAUGCAAUGCAGGAUUUUUUUCCUACUAUGUCCAUGAAGCCAAAUCCUCAGUGUGAUGACAGAAAUUGCAGGAAACAGCAGGAAGAAUAUAAGAAAAAAGUGGCGGCACUGCCCAAACAGGAGGCUGUUCAGGAAGAGGAGGAGAUAAUACAUGAAGACAAUGAGUGGGGUAUUGAGUUGGUAUCUGAGGUUUCAGAAGAGGAACUGAAAAAAUCUUCAGGUCCAGUUCCCAACUUACCUGAAGGAAUCACAGUGGCCUACACAAUUCCCAAAAAGCAAGAAGAUUCCGUACCUCAGGUAACAGUGGAAGAUUCUGGUGAAAGCUUGGAAGAUCUCAUGGCCAAGAUGAAGAAUAUGUAGAUAAUGGACUGGACUACAUUAUGUUUUCUGUGUUUAAACCUAUUCCUUUGCAAUAAAAAAAAAGUCAUUUUAAAACCUGACAAAAUUUAGGGAAACAUCAAUUGAUGUGUAUUCUUUGCUAAAUUUUUGUUAUACAUUGUUGCUUGUUGUUACCCUAUCCUCAACUAAGUCAAUGACUCUUCAUUCUAGUAAGGAAAUUUCAUAGGAUUAUUUUAGGCAGUUAUAAAUCUUACUGAAAACUUAACCAUUGAGAUGUUUGGGCCUUUGUGAAGAAUGGAAGAAAGGACCAAUUUGAUGCUACACAUACUCUUUUUAUUUCCAGUAAUCCUUUGUGGUUUGUGGUCAUGGGCAAUGAAGCAGUAUGAGGUCCUGAAAUAUCGAGAGAAGGACGAGAAAGAAGUACCGCCUGUGGAUUUGCACCAGCAGGCGUGUUCUCGUAGUUUUGGAAUUGCUCUCCACAGGCAAACUGCCCACCACACUAACUUGGCCAACAAUGAAUUUACAAUGGUUAACCUAUGAAAUGCAGACAUUCCCUCAAACAUUUCCUGAUUACAAACUGAAAUGUAGUCAUUGGAAAAGUUUGUAAACUUGUGAAUUAUAUAUUCAAAGUCAGUCAGGCAACCUUAAAGGAUGUUUUUUUCAUGGAUAGACAGGUAAAGGUACUUUGGGGAAGUACAAACUAUAUUUCUCCACUGACCAAGGAAAAGGAAUCAUGGUGCCUGUGGGACACAUGUCUGGAAUCAGUGUACUUUACUGAGGGGCAAGGGAUGCAUGUAGGCUACAGUCAUCUGGAUUAGAACCCUCAUGUGCGUUACCUUCUGAAUACUGUAUUCCAUUUAAGUUUGACUCCCUAGUACUGACAAGGGUUUGUCCAGCAGAGUGGGCAUUAAAGAGGCCUAAAGUGCCUCCGCAAUGACUGACACGUGUUUAUUCACUGGAAGCGUACCAUUUGCCGCGAUCAUGACCACUCAAUCGUAAAUUGACACAUUGGUUUUCUCUGGACUUACAUACAAAUAAUGAAGGCUUAGAGAGCCUUGACUGUAGCAAAUCCCCAUUGGUUGGGAAACCAAUACAAAAUCAUGUGUGUGUAACCAUUAUCCGAGUGAGCGCCUGUCUCACUCAUGUUCCCAGCGUCAGAGGGAGGGAGAUCCAUAACCCAAGAGAAGCUAUGUAGGCUGCUGUUAUGCUCAUCUUCUAUUCUGAUGAUUCUUUUGCUUUGAAAAUAUGUCUAAAUUAUAUCUUUAGGGGGAAAUUGUUAGUAAACACAUUUAAAAAGUUCA